AUGGAUAACCAAAGAGUGAUCUACUCUGACAUAAAUCAGGCUCAAACCCAAAAGAAGCAGCAAAGGAAACCAAUGGGCACUAAAAGUUCCGUUUCAGAACACGAACAAGAAAUAACCUAUGUGGAGUUAAACCUUCAAAGAGCAGCUCAGGAUCAUCAAGGGGAUGACAAAGCUUACCACUGCAAAGAUUUACUGUUACCUGCAGAAAAACUCAUUGCUGGAAUCCUGGGAGUUAUUUGUCUUGUUUUAAUUUCUAUGUUGGUAACAAGAGUUGUCAUUCCCUCAACACAGAAGUGGAACAAUUCUUCCCAGACCAUGAGAACUCAGAAAGCUUAUCCUUGUAGUCAUUGUCCAGAGGAGUGGUUCACACAUUCUAACAAUUGUUAUUCCAUUGGUAAGAAACCCAAACCUUGGAAUGAGAGUUUGAUGGACUGUGCUUCUAAGAACUCUACUCUGCUUUAUAUAGAUAAUUUGGAAGAAAUGAAAUUUCUGGGCUCCUUGUCACAACAGUCUUGGAUUGGAGUCUUUCGUAAUAGCAGCAAUCAUCCAUGGAUGUCAAUAAAUGGCUCAACUUUCAAAUUAAACAUAUCAGAAGCACACUAUGGCAAAUAUAGCUGUGUUUUUCUAAACUUCCAUAGUCUUCGGACAGAUGAUUGUGGAUCUUCAAAAAGCUAUCAUUGUAAGCUCAAGCUUUAA